GACAGAUUUAUACUUGAAAGAGGAAGAGGUUUAAUAACUAGGACCUAAAAGCCUAAUCUAAAGACCCAAUGCUUAGUCCAGGUUGUUGCGUUGUUGAGAGGCUGGGGGAGAAUCUGACUGUGUGGACUCAGGGUAAACUGGGAGUGAUGGGAGCAUCCUGGGGCUCAUGGAGAACAGCUAUAGCCUUCAUCAUCACAACACUACAAAUCCAAGCUCUGACCAACCUGAAACCCAUGGAUGUUACUGGUGUGGAAGGCCACAGAUUUGACUUCAGAUGCGAAUAUCCAAACGGUUGGGAGAACAAUGCUAAGCACUUCAGCCGCAUUGAUGAUGGCAAGACCGUCAGUCACCUGAUACGGACAGAAACACACGACCAGUGGGAGAGUGAAGGACGCUUUUCUCUGUACGACAACACCUCUGCUGCCUUCUUCAUUGUCAGGGUGGAUAGACUCAGUUUAGAAGACAGCGGCAUAUACCUGUGCGGGGUGGAUAUCAGCCACUUUCCUGAUCACAUCAGUGCCAUACAACUAGAUGUUUCUCAAGUAAAUGUAAUGCAGGCCUCUCCCAUGGACCAAGCACUAGACAGGCACCACCUGACGCUGCUCCUGACCGCUGCGAUGUGUGUUGCAGCGAUUGUGUUUGUGUGUCUGUUCACAUGCUGUCUCCUGCUGACUGUUAAACAGAGAAGAUCAGAACAACAACAACAACAACAACAACAACAAAACAGAGAGAUAUCAUCUGAUUACGAGUCAAUGACGCCCGGUGUGACAACUCAACCUGAGUUCCACUGCAGCUGUUCUGUUUUAAACUACAACGAUCUGCCAGCCUUACCACUGCCACCGGCUGACUCCUGCCGUCGCUCCACAUCAAAUCAGCGGGACUCUGAAGUCUCUCUAGGCCUCAAUGACUAUGCUGAUGUGGAUGUACCAGGGCCCAUCUGCCCGUACCAACAUCUGGAUCACAGCCAGUUGGAGGAGCAUGUUUAUUAUAGCCUUCAAGGAAGUGGCAGUCCUAAACUCAGACCUGCUAAAGAUUCUCUCUUGUUAUGAGUCUAUCUAUCUAUCUAUCUAUCU